CCUCUUUACAAACUAAAAACAACUUUCCAAACAGCUCCCUAUGCGCCAUUUGUUUUUGUAUAAAUACGUAUCAAGGCUCGCCACUCUUCAUUGUCAACAAUUUCUUUCUCAACGUUUUCUUAUUUCAAGAAUAACAUAAAGAAACAAAAAAGUGGCUAUGGCGGCUGCAACAUCUGGGCAGCCACAAUUCAUUGCUAGCACUGGCGGAAACCGGAGCUUUUCGAAUACACCACUGAUUGAGAAUGAAGAAACUGACCAAAUUGUCGUGCCCGAUAAUACGAGCUGGAAAAACUUAUUUGCUUAUAUGGGUCCUGGAUUCCUUGUUUCCAUUGCAUAUAUAGAUCCUGGAAAUUUUGAGACGGAUCUACAGUCAGGAGCGCUAUACAAGUAUGAGUUACUUUGGAUCAUAUUAGUGGCUUCAUGUGCUGCUUUAAUUAUUCAGUCCCUCGCGGCCAAUCUUGGUGUUGUCACAGGAAAGCAUUUAGCAGAACACUGUAGAAGUGAAUAUCCUAGGGUGCCAAACUUCAUCUUAUGGGUCCUUGCUGAAAUUGCUAUAGUUGCAUGUGACAUACCUGAAGUGAUUGGAACGGCCUUUGCUUUGAAUAUGCUCUUUAAAAUCCCAGUAUGGAUUGGUGUCCUUCUAACUGGGUUGAGUACAUUGAUUCUUCUAGCAUUACAACAAUAUGGGGUUAGGAAGCUCGAAUUUUUUAUUGCUUUUCUUGUAUUUACAAUGGCUGGAUGCUUUUUGGCUGAGCUUGGCUAUGCAAAGCCUGAUGCUAAAGAAGUUUUGUAUGGCCUUUUUGUUCCCCAACUCAAAGGAAAUGGUGCUACUGGUCUUGCAAUUUCUCUUCUUGGUGCUAUGGUUAUGCCGCACAAUCUCUUCCUGCACUCAGCAUUGGUGCUUUCUAGAAAAAUCCCAAGAUCUGUUCGAGGCAUCAAGGAGGCCUGCAGAUUUUAUAUGAUCGAAAGUGGCUUUGCUCUAUCAGUGGCAUUUCUCAUUAAUGUAUCAGUUAUUUCCGUUAGUGGUGCAGUUUGCAGUUCUUCAAAUAUGAAUCCUGAAGAUCAAGAUAGUUGCAAAGACUUGGAUUUAAACAAAGCCUCCUUUUUACUUAGAAAUGUCUUAGGUAGUUGGAGUUCGAAACUUUUUGCAAUUGCUUUGUUGGCAUCAGGUCAAAGUUCUACAAUAACAGGAACCUAUGCAGGGCAAUAUGUCAUGCAGGGCUUUCUUGACCUGCGCUUGAGGCCAUGGCUUAGGAACUUCCUAACUCGGUGCUUGGCGAUAGUCCCUAGUUUAAUUGUUGCAUUGAUUGGUGGUUCUGCUGGGGCUGGACAACUAAUUAUUAUUGCAUCGAUGAUUCUCUCAUUUGAGCUUCCAUUCGCACUUGUUCCGCUUCUCAAGUUUACUAGCAGCAAGGUCAAGAUGGGGGCACACGCCAACUCAACUGCGAUUUCAUCUAUCACUUGGAUCAUUGGUUCGCUGAUAAUGUCGAUAAACAUAUACUAUCUUGUAACCAGUUUCAUCAAGUUUCUUUUUCAUGGCCCUCUAAAACUCGUGGAAGCCAUCUUUUUGGGAAUAUUUGGUUUUUCAGCCAUUGCAGUCUAUUUAGCUGGAGUAGCUUACCUGGUCUUCCGUAAAAACAAGGAGGCUACACACCUUUUGGCACUAACAACAGAUGAAAGUCGACACACAUCUAAUGGUUCUGGUAAUGCAUCAAUGUACACUCUCCCUCGUGAAGACAUCGCAUGCAUGCAGUUACCGCAGAGAAGGGGAACGGAUCUUUAGUAAUAGAUGGUAGGUUAGGUGAUAUUAGGAAGGCAAAAUCUCCGAAACCACCUUUGCUAUGCUUUUUCCAAAGAAGUUAAUUUUCUUAGUCUGGAGUACAUUAGAAUAAAGAAAAUAGUUUCAGUUUUAUGCCUUGCCUCUUUGCUCAUGGUCUAGUUCAAAGUUCAUUUACCACUUCACUUGAAAGCUCUUCUUUUAAUUGAUGAUAAAUGUGUCAGUGAGCCUAGGCAAUUUUUAAUGUAGCUUCUCAUGCAGUUAUCUAGCCAACCCAACUGGUUUUGCUGGGCUUAACUAACUUGACAUAAAA